AUGCGCAAGCGAAUCGAAUUGCAAACUGGGCGCAUGCGCAGCUCGGCCUCCGAGCAGGCCAAGUUGUACGUGAUUUUCACCGGAUUGUCCUCAUGCAAUGAUGCGACAACGCCCCCCCCCCUCUUGAUCACUCAUCCUCUACUUGUUGACCCACUUUUCUUCUUCCUCUUCUUCUCCUUCUUCUUCGUCUUCUUCUUGCAGGUCGCGCUGAUGUGCGAAAACAGCCCCGAAUUUCUGUUUGUCUGUUUCGGAUUGGCAAAAAUUGGCGUUACUGCCGCGCUGAUCAACACCAACCUGUCUGGAUCCAUGCUGACACAUGCACUCGUCGUGGCGCGCGCGCGUCACAUUAUCGCGUCAUCGCGGUUUCAAGCACGCAUUGUGGAUGUUUCGGUGGACUUUCCUGCCCGGCUCGAUUGCUAUUGGAUAAACUCUCACCACCCCGCCGAACAGCAAGCAUUAUUGGUUCAACCAGCGCUUGAGACAUGCUUGCAAGGCGUGUCCACUGCCUCGCCAGACCGUGCACUACGAGCCGCAGUCAAACCUCGAGACGCCAUGUUUUACAUUUACACCUCUGGCACCACCGGCCGCAGCAAAGCUGCCAAGUUUUCUCACUUGAGGUUUAUCGGUGCGGGCUUGACUUGGUCGGGCCCUUGCGGACUAUCCUCCUCGGACAAGUACUACAUUUCCUUGCCGUUGUAUCAUGGAAACGCUCUUGUCGUCGCUCUGUCGCCCUGCAUUCACGUCGGAUGCGCGGCAGUACUACGGGAACGGUUUACAGCGAGUGGAUUUCUUGACGACGUGCGAAGAUUCAACUGCACGGCUGCCAUCUAUAUUGGCGAGCUGUGGCGAUACCUGAUUGCCCAGCCGCAGCGUGCAAACGACCACGUCAACCCGUUGCGAGUGAUUGUUGGCAAUGGCCUGCGAGCCGACAUCUGGCAAACGGUCAUGCAGCGUUUCGGCAUCGAUCACGCUGUCGAGCACUAUGGAGCCACCGAAAUGCCAGGAGCAGCAGUGCUAAACUGGACCGACCUGCGCCCCGGAUCGUGUGGAUUUGUUCCGCCAGCCAUCCGGCAAGCCGAAGGCGUAGAUUGCGUUAUUGCUUUCGACGUUGACACUUGCCAGCCCGUUCGCACCAAGGCUGGCUUUUGCGUUCCGGUGGCCACCAACGGCGUCGGAGAGCUCAUCAUGCGACUCACGGACGGCGUGUACGAUGGUUAUGUCGAAACGGGAGAUGGCGCCACCGAGCGCAAAAUUUACCGCAACGUCUUUGAGCAAGGCGACGCUUGGUGGAGCUCUGGCGACUUGAUCCGAAUAGAUGAGUGCGGCUUCUUUUACUUUGUCGAUCGUGUCGGGGACGCCUACCGCUGGAAGGCGGAGAAUGUUUCGACCAACGAAGUCUGUGACGUGUUGAGCGCCUUCCCGACCAUCAAGGAAGCCAACAUUUAUGGCGUGUCUAUUCCGGGAUGCUACGGCCGCGCUGGCAUGGCAUCGCUUGUCUUGCACGACAACGCUGCCGAUGCGAUAGACCUGAAGGCGUUCUACGAUUAUGCCACUUUGCACCUCCCGUCCUAUGCUCGUCCCGUCUUUUUGCGAAUUCGGCGCGAAGACAAUGCCAAAACGUCCACUCUCAAGUUCCAAAAGCAGGACUACAUGCGCCAGGGAUUCAAUCCGAGCACCCUGACCAACGAGGGAGUGUCCGACAUGCUCUUCUUUGGCCACGAGGCUUUCGGUACUUACCGAUUGCUCGACGAGCAGCUGUAUCACCGAAUCUCGACUGGAGGAUUUCGGUUGUAG